UGUUACAUGCGGCUGGUGGCUGGACGACCCAAUCAACGACUUCUGCUACCUGAUGAUCCGCCAGCCCACCAAGACUUGGAAGGAGGCGCAAGCCAACUGCCAACGCCUCCACGGGAACCUGCUCAGCAUCACCGACCGCGAUGAGCAGGUCUUUGUGCAUGGUUACGUCAGGUCUCUGCCCUCUCUGUGGUUGGGCGCCGAUGUCUCCACCACGGAAGAUGACGCCCAAUGGACUGACGGAUCCCCGUUCACUUACAGCCACUCGAGUGCAGGUGACCCCGAAGAGGGGAAGUGUCUUUCCUUAUUCACUGACAGCGGCGCCUGGAAGCACGACACGUGCGACAAGAAGAGAAGCUACGUCUGCAAGAAGAUGAAAAAAGGAGUGGCAGAACCUUUGCUGUCUUCUGACGGUAAGUAG